AUGCCUAAACAAACUAUGUUAAAUCCUAUGAUGAUUAGCUGGCUAAUUUCACAGGUUGAUCUACGAGAGUUAUCUCCCUUCUCAUUUGGUUGUCGUAGUGGGUGGGUGACUCAUGGCUCAUCUUGUUACCAUUUUAGCCAUGACACAGAACCUUGGACAGGGGCGCAGCAUUUUUGUAGAGAGAUGAAGGGCCAGCUCGUUGAAAUCAAUGAUGUAAAUGAGAAUGCGUUCAUAAAAGCUCAAGUAAAGCUUCGUAAACAAACUUUCUGGAUCGGGCUCACGGAUGUCGAAGAAGAAGGCACAUGGAUGUGGAUGAAUAGCCAAACUUUACUUACCUCUGAUAGUUUCACUAACUGGGCACCUGGGCAACCUGAUAAUGCCCUAGACAAUGAGAAUUGUGCAUGCUUUUAUAUGCCUUUGAACUUCUUAUGGAAUGACUGUAGAUGUCAUGAUAACUAUUACUACAUUUGUGAAAUGACCGAUCAUUCUUCGGAAAUUGUUGGAUAACAAUACUUUCUGUUCUCCUUAAAGUUAAUAUCUAAAUCAGUUUGGUCAGUAUUAGAAUGUUGGAUAAUGAUUUAAUAAAAACAUCAUAGUGACACUUUUUU